AUGAAGCUCCUUACCAACAUCCUCGGUGUUGUCUUGUGCAGUGCCGUUGCCGGCACUGCACAGGCACCUGGCUCACAGCAAACUCCCGACAUCGAAGUUCCGAAAGCCCAACCCAGUAUCGACGCGCUCCGCGAGAAGGUUACCUGCCAGUGUAUCAGGUACUGUUUCGAUGGACUCGCCGAAGAAGACGAAGAUCCUGCUGAAUGGACUCGUGCGAUUGGUUGUGCAUACACAUGCGGCAUCAUGAAAGUUCCAGACGAUCGCUUGAAAUACAUGCUUCACUAUGGUUGGGCGACGGAGGGGUUUAGUAGGGCAACCAAAUACUAUGGCAGACAAGCCUCCUGGCUGCGGGAUCUCCUUGAUGAGGACAUUCGAUAUCCGUCUGCGGACCCAUACAAGCACUACGGACAAAUUUUGGAAGAUUUCGAGAAGCUGGAGAGAACGUUCACCCUGUAUGCGACAGAUGAGAUGAAAGGACUAGGAAGAAGGGGGAAUUCCGAAGAGGAUGUCAAACGAACUGCCGCGCUGAGUGAUGGACCGUUUGAGUCAAUGCCAGCAAACGAAGGCACUGACGCUCCAUCGUACGGAGAUCUCCUUGAUAGGGACAGUGAUUCGCCGUCUGAGGACGAGGACGAGGAUGCGGAAUAUGAGGAAUUUCUGAGCAGCAAUUGGGAAUAUGCCGACAAUAUCAGUGCCUUGUGGAAAUCUGAUAGGAUGUAUGUGGUGGAAGUCCCGGAAAAGACAGAUCCAUCAGCAGAGGGUUCCAAGCGAUAUUGGUUGCAUACGUAUGACGGUCGGAAAUACGGGCCGUACGACAUCAAAUAUUGGGCAUAG